AUGUCUGCAGAUUUUAAAGAAGAGGCUCCUGAAGAACAGAGUCCUGAUAUGGACCAACAGGAGCUGGAGCUCCUCCACAUAAAGGAGGAAAGUGAAAGAAUCUGGGCCAGCCAGGAUGGAGAGCAACUGAAUGUGAAGGAGGAGACUGAUGAUACCAGGUUUCCAGUAACUGUUGUUCAUAUGAUGAGUGAAGAGGAUGAAGAGAAACCUCUGUUCUCUCAGCUUCAUCAACACCAGACAGACGACAGAGAUCUUCCAAGCAGCAGCUCAACUGACCAGAUAAAAGCAGAAAUUAAAGUAGAGGACUGUGGAACAUCAGAAACCAGCAUAAACCCAGAUCUAAAUACUCAUGGAGGCUUUUCCAACUAUUCACUGACUAAAGACAGUGAAGAUGAUGAAGAGGAUAAGAAGAAAGGAUUUCCGGUUCCGCUGGCCCCGCCCCCUCUUCCCAAACACGCGGAUCUCUUCCGGGUUUUUCAUCCUUUGUUCCCUGUUCGUCAGCAGCCCAGAAGCGGGAGUGUUGAUAAAGCUGUAAGAGAGCUGCAGCAGCAGCAGUUGAUGAACUCUGGAAAGAAGUCCAGCAGCUUGAGGAACAUCUGGUCAAAGAAACUGGAGGGAAGCAGGAGCUCAAACAGCGGCAGGACGCAGCAGAGGAAGAGACACCAGAUGAUGGAUGAUGUUUUCCAGCCCAGAUUAGUGCUGCCAGCAGAUGUUAAAGAAGAGGCUCCUGAAGAACAGAGUCCUGAUGUGGAUCAGCAGGAGCAAGAGCCCCUCCAGAUAAAGGAGGAACAGGAGGAACUCUGGACCAGUCAGGAAGGAGAGCAGCUCACUGUGAAGGAGGAGACUGAUACCAGGUUUCCAUUAACUGCAGCUCCUAUCAAGAAUCUUAAAGAAGAGGCUCCUGAAGAACAGAGUCCUGAUAUGGACCAGCAGGAGCUGGAGCUCCUCCACAUAAAGGAGGAAAGUGAAAGAAUCUGGGCCAGCCAGGAUGAAGAACAACUGAAUGUGAAGGAGACUGAUGAUACCAGGUUUCCAUUAACUGUUGUUCAUAUGAAGAGUGAAGAGGAUGAAGAGAAACCUCUGUUCUCUCAGCUUCAUCAACACCAAACAGAAGACAGAGAUCUUCCAAGAAGCAUCUCAACUGACCAGAUAAAAGUAGAAAUUAAAGAAGAGGACUUUGGAACAUCAGAAUCCAGCAGGAACCCAGAUCUAAAUACUCAGGGAGGCUCUUCCAACUAUUCUGAAACUGAAGACAGUGAGGAUGAUGAUGUGAAGCAUCAUGAAUCUGAGCUUAAACACUUAUCAGACUCUGAAACUGAAGACAGUGAGGAUGAUUGGAAGGAGAGCAGGACUCCAGGGUCAGGCAGAAACACUGUCAACAAAUCUUUGAGCUGCUCUGAGUGUGGGGGAAAAUUUGCUAAUAGACGCUCUCUUCAGAGUCACAUGACAUGUCGUCCAAGAUUAACGUCUUCAGAUUGUUCUGGUAGUGAGACAUGUUUCGGUGAGAAGAAAAUGAUGGAUUCACUGACAAACGUCCAGACGAGUAGUAAAGAUUUUAACUGCGUGACUAUGGCGGACCUCUGGGAACAGCCUGACGUUGAGUUAAGCGCUGCCGCACAGCCGCAUCUAGGCCUGGUGGCUGAAAGUCCCGGUGUGUGACAUUCGCACCUGGCCAGUGGGUUAUUGUCUUGCUCGAUGCCGGGCGGCUCCGGGAGAUCCGACAAAGUCACCUAGAAGUCAACUCCGAGGUGAGAUAGU